CUAGUUCCCCAUGCUUACUCCAUUAGCCAUCUCCAGGUCGAAGAGGAGCAGAAUCCAAACACUUCAGCUACUGCAAAAAUGAAGUUCAACCCACGAGUCUCCUCCUCUCGCCGCAAGAGCCGCAAGGCCCAUUUCACGGCGCCCUCGUCUGUCCGCCGCGUUUUGAUGAGCGCACCACUUUCAUCCGAUCUGAGAUCCAAGUACAACGUCCGGUCCAUGCCGGUCCGCAAGGACGACGAGGUCCAAGUCGUCCGAGGAACCUACAAAGGCCGGGAAGGGAAAGUGGUUCAAGUAUACCGCCGCAAGUGGGUUAUCCACAUCGAGCGCAUCACUCGCGAGAAAGUGAACGGUUCGACCGUGAACGUUGGAAUCAACCCAUCGAAGGUUGUCAUUACCAAGCUGAGGCUCGACAAGGACCGCAAGUCCUUGCUGGAUCGUAAGGCCAAGGGACGUGCCGCCGCUGAUAAGGACAAAGGCACCAAGUUUUCUGCUGAAGAUAUCAUGCAGAGUGUCGAUUAAGGUUCUCUUGUUUCUUUUACCUUGUGAUGUUGCAACUGUUGGACUUGCUUGUAGUUUUUUUGCUUAUGUUAUCAAUUGGUAAUAAGGUGAA